AUGACGACAAACGUGGCUGACUCUACUUGGAAAGAGGAUGAUAAGUUAAAAGAAGCCAUGACACAGCUUGUUCAGCAAGGACUCCAAAGGAUCGAGGCGCUGGACUUUCUUAAACGUGACUUCCCACAGUAUCCUUGGAGCUUGAGAACUCUUGACAGGCGACUUCGUCACUUUGACAUUUUCUACAACGACAAGAGUGUUGAAGUCGAAGACGUACAGACAGCGGUGGGAAACGAACUGGAAGGCCCUGGUAAGCUUUUAGGUUACCGGGCUAUGCAGAGAAAACUCCGCCAAGAGUAUGGCAUAAAUGUAACCAGAGACCAAGUUUACAAUGUCAUGACGGAAUUGGACCCAGAGGGUCUUGAAGCACGCGGCGGUAUUGGGGCGAAGAAAAAAAGACAGAAAGGAAAUUUUACUACAAGGGGAUCAAACUGGGUUAACUCGUUAGACGGCCACGAUAAACUUAUGGGAUACCAAAAUUCGACAUUCCGAUUGGCUAUCUAUGGCUGCCUUGACACAGCAAGUAGAAAACUACUUUGGUUACGAGUCUGGACAUCGAACUGUGACCCCAAAGUGAUUGGACGGUGGUAUUUCGAUUAGGCUUUUGUACAUUAUGCUAGCAUUUUUUCGAGCAUUUUAGUGAGGCAAAAGCAUUGAGCAUUAUUCGAGCAUUUUAGUGGCAUUUUCCCCUGAAAAUUAAUUUUUCCGACAAAAGAAAAUAGAAAUUAACUUUUUUCAGGAGCCGAUGCCCCAUGAGCUCCUGCUUUUUUAAAGAAAAUGAAGACUAAAACUCAAAAUUCACAAAAAACCUAGUAGAGCUGUUUUUUGGCUGUAUUUAUGAACUUGUACACGUUCUCGUUGUUACUUGCAACACUUGCACGUUUUUGUAAGUGUAAAACUUUGAAAUUAAUUUAAAAAACCGUUUGUAUAAUGAGCAUCAUCCGAGCAUUUUGGUGACUUUUUGGGGGGAGACCGAGCAUUUUAGUGGGAAAAAUGGAGCAUUAAGGUGGAGCAUUUUAGUGGGGAAGCAAAAGCAUAAUGUGCAAAAGCCUAAUUUCGAUUAUCUUUACGAGACAAGAGUGAUGGCUGCAAUGCUGAGGGUAGACAGGGGCACAGAAACUGGGGUAAUGGCUACAUUGCAUUCCUUCUUACGAAGACAUCAUGGUGACUUGGACCCAAGUGACUCUGUUGUUUAUGGACCUUCAACUGAAAACCAGGUAGCUUAGUUACUAUACAAGUUCUUACAAUAUACAUGGAGCCAUUUUUAACGUUUAGCUUUGAAAUGAGUUCUUGUGAGGGGGCGAACAUUUUGCUCAGUCCGUUGAUAAUGCUAUCCUGUUGGGGUAGAGAGGGGAGGGAUUAUCAUCUGCUAUACUGCUUAUAAUUCUAGAGGAGACGACAGAUGCUAAGUCAUUACAAUGCCAUUUCAGGUAUAGAUUGCAUGCACAGAUUAUAAGGCCUGGUUUAUGCAAAAAAGGUCAUUUUUGAAUUGCUAUUUUGGAAACUAUUUAAAGCUAUAAUAAAGUGAAUUAUAGUGUAUUAUCGUUUGUCUCACAGUGUACAGUGUAGUCACUUGAAGGAAGUAGAACGUAACGUUUCCACUGUAAAAAUUGUAAAACACGGUUGCACAACACGGCUUCUGUAGUUAUGCAGUCUUCAGAGCCAUGUUGUAAUAUAUUAACUAAAUUCUCAGGUUAUUGCUGGGAACAUUCCAUGCCAACAUAAUUGUUUUCACCUCUCACCUUGUUUGUAAUUCAAUCCUAGAUUGAGAGAUGGUGGAGAGAGCUACACGAGCGCAUGGAGAAAUACUAUAAAGGUCAUUUGUGUUGGCUCAAGGACCAAGGCCAUUAUCAUCCACAUGAUGACAAAGACAGGUUGAUUCACUAUGCAUUUCCUCAGUGUAUCAUUCACAGUGAAACCUGUAUAAAGGGAACCUUAUUAAGCGAGCACCCUGUGUUAAGCGGACACUGGAGCAUUCUCCGAAGGUGUCCGCUUAAUACAGGUUACACUGUGUUUAUACACCUUGGAGAUUGGGCUCCAUGUAACCUCCCUACCUUUUUCCUGGGGUCUCUUCUCUCUCACUCCAGGAGGGUGGGAAGAUUAGAGACCCUGGUAAUGAGGUUGGUAACUUCCUGUGCUUUUUGUACCUGGUAACUGUCAAUACAACUCAAUAUUAUGAUUGAACUAAAAAAAGAAUUAUAAAAAAACAAGCCAGUUCUAAUGCAUGUAAAUUAGGUUUUGUCUCUGGAAAGCCAAGGUUCAGUGUCAAGUCAUAUGGAAUAUUAUUUGUGGCGUGAAUGGUUGGGAGAUGUUAUGUUUUUUUUUUUUCAAUUAGCCAGACAUAAAACAACCAGGGUUGUAACUCUGCGACAUUUUAAUUCUGUUGUGUUCCUCUCCAAUCGUAUAGGAUGCUUCUGGCGUUCAUCAUGAUACCGCUGAUACAGAAAGAUCUAGAUGUCUUUAGAGAGUCGGUUUGGCACACUCAUAGGAUACGUGCACAGAAGGACACGAUUCUUCCGGAUGGCGUUCCAAACCACAUGUAUAGUUUCCCUGAACAGUAUGGCCUGGAAGAAUGUGGUUUGUUUGGAACACCUGAUACCAUUUCUGACUUGGCAUUUUUCUCGUUUUGGUAAUUUUCUCUUUGACUUUUCAUUUGCAUUACAUUACAGGUCUCCCUGUUACAGAGGAACAGCUCAAGGAGGCAGCUACUCAGUCUGGAGUGCUGACUGUUCCUGAUGAUUUUCUGCAGCCUGAAUUUAGAGCAGAAUGCGAACGUGUCUUACCAGAUAGUGAAACGAUUAGACCCCAUGAAUGCAGGGAUGCAUACAUUUACUUAAAAAAUAACUUCCAGUUGUGA